GUCACGUGACCAGAGGCCAGCUGAUCAUCACGGACGAACAAGAUCACGACCAUUUACCUUAGUCUGUGAACCUAAUCCCGAAUGAUUUGUUUGUUUUGCGUUAGCAUAUUCAUAUAACUUUAUCUAAACAUCAAAACGAGGCACCGAUUUCAGCUUUAAUCCCGGAAAAACUGAGAAGAUGUCCGGAAAAGAAAGGAUCGACAUUUUCCCGUCCAGGAUGGCUCAGACCAUCAUGAAGGCUCGGCUGAAAGGAGCCCAGACCGGCCGCAACCUGCUGAAGAAGAAAUCGGACGCUCUCUCCAUGCGGUUUCGUCAGAUCCUCCGCAAAAUAAUUGAAACAAAAACUAAGAUGGGAGAGGUUAUGAGGGAAGCUGCUUUCUCUUUGGCUGAAGCCAAAUUUGCAGCAGGAGACUUUAGCACAACUGUAAUCCAGAAUGUCAACAAAGCGCAGGUGAAGGUCCGAGCAAAGAAAGAUAACGUUGCAGGUGUCACCCUCCCGGUGUUUGAGCACUACCAAGAAGGCGGAGACAGUUAUGAGCUCACCGGUCUGGCCAGAGGAGGGGAGCAGCUCUCCAGGUUGAAGAGGAACUACGCCAGAGCUGUUGAGCUGCUGGUGGAGUUGGCCUCCUUACAGACUUCUUUUGUCACCCUGGAUGAAGCCAUCAAGAUCACGAACCGUCGUGUCAAUGCCAUAGAGCAUGUGAUCAUCCCCCGGAUUGAUCGUACUCUCACUUACAUCAUCACAGAGCUGGAUGAACGAGAGCGAGAGGAGUUCUACAGGCUGAAGAAGAUUCAGGAGAAGAAGAAGCAGCUCAGGGAGAGGACGGAGCUGGAGAUCGCCGCUCGCCUGGCCGCUCUGGGUCCCAUCGCCGAGCCGGCCAACAUGCUGACGGAGGAGGCGGACGAAGACCUGCUGUUCGAAUGAAGCGCCACUCGUCAUCCUAUUUAUUUGUGCCUGUCUGGCCAUUUUCCCUGAGAGAGAUUUGUGUGUGCGUCAUGUGAUUCGUUCUGUGUGUGUCCGUGUACAGGAACCAAAUCGGUGGCACUUCGGAUGAAGACUAAGAGUCUUUCAAAAUAAAAUAAGCAAAUACAACAACAAAGAAUAUGUUUACAUGUGGAUUGGUGUUGGCAAUCCAUGUGACCCAUCCGUCUGUAGAUAUUGUCACAUUCUGUGGCUUUGCAUGCUGUACAGCUAAAGGUUGUCGAUUUCAAAGUGUUUGUGUCGUGGAGGUCAUGGUGGAUGUUUCCCAUUUCGACAGAACCUCCUCAUGUGACCCCGCUUUAAAAUGUGGUGAAACUCAUCUGGAUUAAAGUCUAAUUCAAA